AUGUCAACGCUUCUUCCCAAGUCUUCCAUCAUGCAGGUCCAUCUUGGUUUCCUACUCAUCUUCAUUGCGUCGUGUUUCUUUCUUUUCUUUUCAUCCAUCAGUCACAUCCAAACAGUUCUCUCACAACAACCAAAUUUCCAUGUCAUGAAAAUUCAUUCUCACAAAAAUCCAAUCCGAUCAUCUGCUUCAUCGGAGAAUGAUUUGUGUUAUGGAUGUUUAUUGCUGGCUCAAGUGUUGGAUAGUUUUAUUACAUCGAAUAUUACUGCUCAAGAAGUGAUUAAAUUGGCCACAAAAAUUUGUCCCUAUCUACAACCUGAAAUUCAACCAGUGUGUCCACUCUUGGUAAAACAAAUGACACCUGAAAUUUUGGAAAUUCUUGUCACACGAGAGAAUCCACAUGUUUUGUGUCAACAACUUGGAGCUUGUAAGAAUGACACUGCUCUUGUUGAAAACUUGCCAAAGAAGAAUUAA